UUUUAAGUGAAUUUAAUUUAAUGAAAUGAUUACGAUUCAAUGUUAAAUGGCAGGUUUUGAAGCAGAUCGUUUAUGUUUAUGUGGUUUUAAUUUAAAAACUAUAUCUGGGAAAAAAACGUAUUCUACAAUAGGUGCAAAACCACGGAUAAAUCCUUCACAAAUGAGAUAUUUUCUGGAUUCAGUCAAUCAUUUUCAGGAUAUUUCGGAUGAUUAUAAGGAUGAAACAUGUAUUUCUUCAUAUAAAAUAUCAGAAUCUCGUCCAUCUUUUUCUAAGUUAAAAAAUCAACAUAAAGCAACAAAAAGAAAUAGAGAUAAUAAAAAUACAGAAUUAUCCGAAUAUGAUAAUUUAUCAAUGAGAAUGAACUGGUCAGAUGAUUGGGAUUUACCUAUAAGUGAAAAGGAUUAUAUAAACAUGAAUUUAUAUGAAAAUUAUGAUAUUAGAAAGAAAAAAGAAAGAUCUCGUGCAUAUAGUGUUUCGGAUCAUAUAUCUCAAAUGUCUACAUGGCAAAAUAGUCUUAUUUCAGAAUUUGGUAUGCUUCCUACAUUGCCGUGUAUUUCAUAUUUUUCGGUUGUGGAUAGUUCUGAUGAUGAAUAUUCUGAUAUAUCUUGUGAUGAAUCAAUUAUCUCUACUUCUGAUUUUAAUUCAACUUUUAAUGAUAAUAUGUCGAAUAAUAUGUUUUCAGAUAUGAAUACUAUGGAUGCUCCUUUAAAAAUACCUUUAUUUAAUAAUGAUGGAUUUCCCGAGAUCAUGACUUCUAUAAUAUCUAAUACUUCGGAAUAUUUUAAAACAGCAACUUCAUUGCGAUAUAAUGACAUUAAACCUUUUAAAACUACAAUUUCACCAAAAUAUAAUUCUUUUGAAACUAUAACAUCUAAGAGACGUUUUAAAUUUAAAUUUCCUAAAAUCAAACACUCUCAAAAAUAUAAUGAUGAUUUUACGAAAAUUAUAAUUCCUACAAAACAUGAUAACAUGAAUUCAUCUAAAAUUAGAAUCGUUUCUAGCUUUCCUGAUCAUAAUAUAAAAUCGAAUCAUACCAUAAAAUCAGAUUCUAAUAUAAAAUUGAACAUUAUUUCUACGAAGAAUCUGGGACAGGAUAUUUCUUCCGUGUCUAAUAUUAAGCAAGAUAAUAUUGUUAAAGAUAACAAUUUUUUUAGAAGGUUUAUCUCAAAAAAUUUACUUAAGAAAACAAAAGCUUUUAAAAACAAAGGGACUCAAACAUAUAUAUCAGUAUUUAAUGAUGUUUUAUGUAAAGAACAUCGAGCAUCAACAAAAGGGCUUUUAUAUUCACAGGAUAUUUUUCAAGGCAAUAGUUGCAAUUUAAAUAAAAAUAUGAGCAUUUUUUAUAAACAUAAAGAUAUCUAUUCAAGUCCAAAGGCUUCUUUUUUGUCCUCAGAUAGCUCAUCUUUAACACCAAAAUACGUUAUAAGUAGAUCUGGUAAACUUAAAAAAGCACAACUUAACAGAAAUAUUAUAUCGGAUACUGAUGUAUAUGAGCAUUGUGAGUCAUCUAAACAGUCGGUGUGUUAUUGUACAUGUACUUGCUUAUGUGGAGCAUGCUGUACUUUUUCAGAACCUAAACAUGUUCUUAAAAGACCUUCUAGUGUUGUUUUUGUAGAAAUUGCAGCUUCAAGGAGAAUUGAUAGUUAUUCUGAUAUAAUUGAUUUUAAUGGAGAUUUUGAUGACAAAACAUCACGAAAUACCAAUGUAACUCAUAAUUCUAAUAAUUCGGCUAUAAAUCAAAAAGAACUAGAACUUAAUGCAUUAACUCGUAAAUUGACACAUAAUGACGAUUUAAAAUUGGAUUCUAAACAUAAUAAUCAUUACGUUGGACAUCAAUCCGAUAAGAAUGAUAGUCAUAGUGAUUCUGAAUUUAUAUCAAACAGUAUUAUCGAUAGUUAUGAUAUUUUAUCUCCAAAACUGAAUAAUAAUUAAAGAUAAUUUUAAUAACCCUUGUCAAUACCACUAUAUAAUACGGAA